AGAAUAACUGAUUUUAAACAAACUGCGUAGAGUUUCAAAUACAACGACACGACAAUGUGAUGUGAAUCGACACGAUACAAAUACCUGUGUUUGUGAGUGUUUGUGUGUUUUGUGGCAAUGGUGAUGUCUUCAUAGUGACGUCACGGAUUUUAAUAGGUGUCCUGAUGGUACACGCCGGUAGAUAGCUGGGCUGGCCUGUGCCAUGGAGAGUCGCGUGGGGCUGGACUACAUCGUGGAGCACGCGGAGUACGCGGGCAAGCUCGCCGCCGCGCUCACCUCGCCCGCCGCGCCCGUCAAGAAACAGGUGUUCGAGCUUCUGUCGGCGCUGUGUGUCUACAACGCCGAUGGCUACGCUAGAGCAGUUGACACACUCGAUCGAUAUAAGAUAUUAAAAGGAGAUCGGUACCGACUGAAUGUAGUAGUAGAGGAGCUGAAGAAUGCCACCACCACCGACUACAAGACUGCGCUGGUGGCCUUCAUCAACUGUCUCAUCAUCUCCGCGCCGCGACUGCCCGACAGGAUACGGGUCAGAAACGAAUUCAUUGGACUUGGUCUACUACCAACAUUAAGCAAUUUACGGCAUGAGGCGGGAAGUCACCCCGACCUUGGGGUCCAGCUCGACGUGUUCGAGGAGCAGAGGGAGAGUGACGAAGCCCAGGGCCCCGGGGGUAUCAACCUCAACUCUCACCUCGAUGUCUUCUACGCUAUCCUCAAACAAGUCUCAGACACUCCACAAGAGAUCCCUUUCCUGAGCAUCCUGCAGCACUUGCUGCGGAUAGACCCGAAGGAACCGGUGAGCGACAUCGUGUGGGACACGGCGGAAAUGCUGGUGCACCGCGCCACACUGCUCGAGACCAGAGAGGAUGCUGCCAAACUGCUAAGAGCACCUAGUGUGCAAGCGAAAGUAGGAUGUAUGUGCCAGCAUCGGGAUAACACGAGCGCGGGCCGCAAGCAGAGCUUGCAGCGCGCGCUCUCCCCACCGCCACCUCCGCCCCCCGCGCCCGCACCUCCUGCGCCACCUCCACCGCCUCUCGCUCCCAUGGCCCCGCCGGCGCCCCCCGCACCUCCUGCGCCCCCACCUCUAGCGCCCCGAGGCCCACCACCGCCUCCGCCUCCUGCCGGAAGCGCGCCCCUCGCUCCCCCCGCGCCACCGCCUGUAACUCUUGAGCGUUUACCGCAACAAGAGACCCCCAUACCCAAGACCAAAAUGAAGACCAUCAACUGGAACAAGAUUCCUAACAACAAAGUAGUCGGUCAGAACAACAUUUGGGCUCUAGUUGCUUCGAGCCACAAGCACUCGCCUAAGGCUGAACUCGACUGGAGUGAAAUAGAAGGACUGUUCUGCCAACAGAUUCAACCGACAGGAUCCGCAGGGUCAUCGCCGCGGCUUGGUCGUAGCCCCAUCUGCGAUAGCUCGGGCGAGAGGAAACCGAGGAAGGAAUCUUCUGAGAUCACACUUCUGGACGGCAAGAGGAGUCUUAACGUCAACAUAUUCCUGAAACAGUUCAGAAGUUCCAACGAAGACAUAAUCCAACUCAUCAAAGAAGGAUCACACGACGACAUCGGCACUGAAAAAUUAAGAGGCUUAUUGAAAAUAUUACCUGAAAUAGAUGAAUGUGAGAUGCUCAAGGCUUUUACUGGUGACGUCACUAAAUUAGGCAACGCCGAGAAAUUCCUUCUUCAACUUAUACAGUUACCAAAUUAUAAGCUGCGCAUAGAAUGCAUGCUCUUAAAAGAAGAGUGGCCAUCUACGGCAGGCUAUUUGGAGAGCGCCAUCAACGCUAUUCUAGUCGCUGGAGACGAUCUGAUGUCUUCAAGAGCUAUUCAAGAGGUGCUAUAUUUGGCGCUGAUCGCUGGUAACUUCCUGAACGCGGGCGGGUACGCCGGGGGCGCGGCGGGCGUGCGGCUGGCCUCGCUGCAAAAGCUGUCCGACAUUCGUGCCAAUCGGCCCGGCAUGAAUCUCAUGCACUACCUGGCCAUGCAAGCAGAGAAAAAAAAUAAAGAGUUGGUACACUUCGCGGACGACAUACACGUGCUUGAGGAGGCGGCCAAGGCCAGCGUGGAGCAGCUCAGCAACGAAAUCAAGACCCUCGAGACAAGGAUUGGGGGUCUGAAGCGAGACAUCCAGCUGCCCACCACGCAGCACGACAUAAAGGAGCAAAUGGGAGACUUCUUACAGGUUGCUGAAACAGAGGUAACAGCACUGAACAAAGAUCUGGAAGAAGUGGAGAGCUUGAGGAAGCAACUAGCAGAAUUCUUCUGUGAAGAUCCUGUUGCAUUUAAAUUAGAAGAUUGUUUCAAGACAUUCGUGUCGUUCUGCAGCAAGUUUCGCGCGGCCGUGGCGGACAACGAGCGGCGGCGCGCGCACGAUGAGCAGGCGGCGGCCCGCAGGCGAGCUCGCGAUGCCGCAAGGGACGCGCAACGCACCCGCAAUGCGGGCAGCAUGUGCAGCACACCAGUUUCGGAAUGCGAGUCGUUGAUGGAGUCUUUGCUACUGGACAUCCGCAAUGGCCUCGGCCGCCGCUCGUUGCGCCGCCCCAACCACGACCCCUCGCCCUCACCAGAUCCAUCGGUUGCAGAGGUGACGCCGACGGGUAGCCUGCGGCGCCGCAGCCGAGCCAGCCCCGCCGGCGACGAGGACGGCCUCAUGGAGUUCUUGCGUCACGCCUCGCCCGCCGCCACGGAAGCGCGCGAGCGUACCGCCUGGGGCAGCCUCGACCGGUCAUGGUCGCGCCGCAGCACGCCGCGCGCCCGCCUCGAGAUCCCGGACAGGGAGCGGGAGCGCGCGCCCUCGCCCGCCUCGCCCGCGCCUCCCUCCGCGCCGCCCACACCCGACCCCGCACAUCCCGCACACCCCGCAUAUCCUGCCGCGACCUCUACCGGUACCACAGUGGCCACCAAACCAAAAGAGUGGAGGCAAAAGAUCGAGUCGUGGCUGCGCGCCAACAGCCAGGAGGAGCGGCGCGACGCCGAGCUCCGAGAGCGUGCUCGCCGCUUGCACUCCAACACACAAUCCAACACGCACGCAAAUACGCACGUCAACACGCACGCCAGCAACCUCAACAGGCGCUCCUUGGAAAACGACUCCGAGAGCGAGCGUAGCACGGCGCUGGAAGCAGUGGCGGAGUGCGGCGGCGAGGCGCGCGACUGGCGGCCCGCCGUGCUGCCAGACUCAGACGUCGUGCGCGCGCUCGAGGCCGUCGAAGAUGUACAACCACCUAAAAAGGACAUCAGAGUACCGUGGAGGAAAACGGAAGAAAACGAAGAGAUGAGAAGGUUAAGACGUCAACGAUCUCGUCCACAAAUAGAAGCCCAGGCCCUCGUAUCCAUUACGGAGGAAGAACGGCGGAAGUUGCCCGACAUAAAAGUUACGAGUGAAAAGGAGAUGAGACAGGAUCGGACCGACCGAGUCGACAUCGAUUCGGACAACAUCGAAACUCCGCCGGCGCUAAGGAAACACUUCACCCCGGUGCCAGACAAGGAACCGUGUCGAAAGUUCCAACCGGUUUCACCUAACAAAUCCAACCUGAGCGAGAAGGCUUCUGCCGAAAUGAAAGACCUUUGCCAGGAAAUUUUGGGAGACGGACAAUUUGACAGAUUUUCGGCGGCACGAAGAACUCGACGGUUUAAACGAAGCCCCGAAGUCAGCUCGCCCGAUGAGGAAAAGAAAGUCAUCGAGAUCCCGAAAGAAUUGGUUGCGGAAACUCAAAUAAUCCGGCCGUCAAUGCUAGAAGUUCAGGCGUCUUACACGGUCGACUCCUCGAAAGAAGUAGCGAAGCCUAUCGAAGAGGCCGUUAAGGACGACAAGGAGAACAGACUGAAACGUUGGCAGGAUAGAUUAAAAAGCCAAAGCACCGACAAAACGCCGACCAAAGAAACGAAAUCUCUCCCGCACUCAAGGACGAGGCGACAGACGACGAUUAACCAGGAGGACGUCCAGAAAGCGAUACGGGAACUCAAAUCACCGACGGAGACGCCGACCGGGGUGUGGUCGAGGAGCGGGUACAGAAAGUCGAUGAGCGCCAAGGUAGAGAGGGCGCCGGCGCCGCCGCUUGCAGAGAGGACCACAGCCCCGCGGAUACCGAAGGUUAAAAGCGAGCACGAACUCAACGAUGAGGGCUUCGAAGAAACGCAGAGCCUGAACUCGGAGAGCGCGUCCCAGGGUGCCUCCUCAGGGUGUAACAUCGAUUGUGAGUCUCCCAUACCCAAGGUUGAGAAGAGUGUCGGAGUUCCAAAGAAAGUUCCCACCAAAGAGACCAAGCCACCGCUGCGGACGCCCGUAGACCCCAAACGGAGCUUCGCUAAACGAGCCAGCUCGUUGAGAGUGGAAAGGUCAACGUCGAGGGCUUCGCUGCGCAGCUCGAGAAGCUCCUUGAACAGCUCCGCUUCCGUGGCGACCGUGAAAAGGGCGCCACCUGCGCCAGUGAAGGUGGCGCCUCGGCCCGUGCCGAAACCGGCGCCGCGUACCCCCGCCUCACGCUCGUCGUCCAGCGGCAGCUCCGUGGGAGCGGCCAGGCCUCCCGUCAAGACCGUACCUAGGUCAUCGGGCUUCAUGAGGCCCACGCAGGCAUCGAAGGGGAGAGGGACCCCUGGAGUGACGUCACAACCCAGUGUCAGGGCCAGUGUAAAGUGAACCAAGUUGAACUUUGUACAGGAACAGUUUUGUUACUUCUCGUUGUAUGGAAGAAGUCAGAAAGUAUUAAAGACAAAAUAUUAACUGUUAAAUUAAAAAAUAUAUGUUUUAUUGGAAUCUUCAGAUAAAGGUGCUAGUAGAAUCUCAAAGUCAAACAAAACAAUCUGAAGUUUUCAAUGACUGAUUUACUUUAUAACAUUAAAGGAAUAGAUCUGUUAUUAUAUAAUGACAUAUAAGUAGUAAGUAAAAAGUGAUAAUCAGCAAACGAUUGGGCCCGUACGUUAUUUGUAUUUUUAGAGUAUCAUCGAUUUAAUGAAAUAAGCUUUACACGUUUAUAAAUUAUUGUGCCACGAUUAUGUACGGGUAAACUUAUAAUUUUUUAUAUACUAAUGAUAAAUAAUUAUUUCCACAAGUCUAGGU